AUGAAAUAAUGUUAAUCCUAAGAAGUUCAAGGGUUACUAAAUGCAGGUAUAACAUAUAUAUAGUUCUUCUUAGGCUUAGAUAAAAAGGAAUAGCCUAUUUAUGUUUUGCUCUAUAAUUAGAUUAUUCAAAAUAAAAAUGAGGAAUUGAUAGUGAAUAAAUUAUAAUCCUACUUUCAACAAAUCAGACCUUUUAAGUAAAAUAUCAAUUUAAUGUUAGAGGAUUCGUCAUAAUUAUUUGCACUUAGGAUGACUUGGAAAUAAACGCAAAGAAUGUUAAAAAAUUAAUAAAACAAACUAUUAAGUAAUUCUUCAUAUUAUUUAAGAGACAAGUGAGUUAUAAGUAAUUAAAGAGAAUCGAUAAAUUAAUUGUGAUCAGUAGUAAUCAGAAUUAUGGAAAGAAGGAAAAAACAAUACCUUUUACACUAAAAUUAUUAAUAAAAGAUAAAAUACACCUAAUAUACAAGUAUUCCAUAUAAAUAUACAAUAUUAAGUGCUUCUUUUCUGAAUCUUUAUGAUAUAGAAUUAAAUUAGUCAAUUUUGAGGUUCAUGUGCAAUUAAAUCGAGUUUUAGGAAGAGCAGGCUUUUUAUGGGAGGGAUUUGGCAUCUUAUCCGAUAGCUUAGUCAGGACUACCUGUUUUUCUUGAAGAAAUUCUGAAGUUUUAUACUGAAAAUAAGGUUCAUUUGCGAAAAUAAGGAAUAUUUCGAUUGUCAGGUUCCUAUGACGAGGAGAUAAAAUUAGUAGAUUAAUUAUUAUAAUCGAAUUAUGAAGCUAUAAAAGUUUCGGAUCCGGAUGUAAUAGCUACAGUAUUAAAAAACACUUUAGUUAAUUUGAAAACUCCAAUUUUUCCUUUUGAAAUUUAUGCAAUUCUAAGGGAAACUGAUCCUUAAGUACCAAUUAGCCAGUUGAUAGAUAUGUUCAGCAUAUUUUUUGCUCAUCUGCCAAAAGUGAAUAGAUUGAUUGUUUUUAGAUUGACGGAAUUUAUAAAGUUUGUGGCUAAAUUCGAGAAUGAAAAUAAAGUAAGAAAUAAUAAAUAUGGAUAGAUGGGCCUUCACAAUUUAUCAAUAAUAUUCGCUCCAUGUUUUUUUAGAACCAAGAGUGCAAAUGAAUUAGAUAUUCAAGGUGCGAAGACUAUAGUUUUGCAUUUUAAAUCUAUGAUCC